AUGAUCCCCGGGGAUCAGGGGGCGGGUGGGGAAGGGCUUGCAUUUGUGGUUGCAGCAGCUGCUGGCAAGGGGGCGAGUGUGGGGCUGGGAGGGGUGGGGAGGCGGAGUGUGGCGGUGGAGUUUGACUCGGUGCUGAGUGUGAAGCACAGCGACCCCAACGACAACCACGUGGGCGUCAAUGUGGGCGGCUCACCUGUGUCCCUCGCCUCUGCCACGGCCCCUCUCAUCCUCAACGACGCCCACACCAAGCACGCCUGGAUCCACUACGACCCCACCAGCGCCGGCACCCUCCGAGUCUUCCUCUCCUCCGACCCCCACCAGCCCCCCACCCCCACCCUUACAGCAAGCGUGUCUCUCUGCUCCGUGCUCAAGCCCACUGCAUCCGACUCUCUCUUCCUCUUCGGCUUCGUUGCCCUCUCAGGCAGCCAGCCCCAAAGCCAUGCCGUUUUGUCCUGGAGCUUCAUCACAGAUAUUCCCUCUUCUCUGUAA